AUGUCGACGCUCAGUCAGAGUCUCGCCAUGCACAAUGCCUCGAUUCUGCAGGGAAAGAAGCCGCAGGAACAAAAUCACUCCGUCCUCCAUUACUCGCCAUACUCACUAUACUCCAUUCUGGUGCGGGUAGCCCUGGGAAUGGGCCGCAAGUUGAACCCCGACACCGCGCCAGAGGUCCGUUUGCAGUUGGUAAAUGUCCAGCAAGGUGAUAACCUCACACAUGAGUAUCUCACCUUGACACCCAAAGGCCAGGUCCCGGUGCUGAAGACGAUAUCUCCAGGCCAUUCCGACGUGGAGGUUCUGGCAGAAAGUCAAGAUAUCCUUCGCUGGCUCUGUGGCAAGCAGCCACAGUUGAUGCCCGAGACUCACCAAGAAGAGAUCCAACGGGUCCUGCACUUGUUCUACAGCUUCCAUGCGAAGCCCUUGGCCAUCAGGCCCGAGGAGAAAUGUGGUGGCAUCGUGAACCAUGCAGCCGCCAUGCUGGAGAACCCCGACAUCACAGACACUCAUCGGCGGUGCCUGGAGGUCAAAAGUAUAUAUCAUGACACCCUCCACAGCGGCUCCCAAGACCCGGACACCGUGCGUGAGGUUGAGAGUCAAGCCAGGCUCUUCCUCGACGCAGCGACGGAUAUCUUGGACAAGAGGGCCGGAGAUGCAAUCUAUCUUUACGGGGCAUCGCCAACGGUACUCGACGCUGUCGCUGUGUCACUCUUGGCACGCUUGAUGGACACGAAGAAAGAUGCCGUCGCAGCAACCCCCCUCUACGGCCCAUGUCAUGUCGGUUUCUCAACUUACUCGUUCGGCAAACGGAGAGAAGCAAACAGACAGAGACGACGCCGACAACGUCGUGAGCCUGUGUCUUUCGACGAGUCGACGUCCCGCCGCGACGGACUCAACUCACUCACAGCACCACCCGUCUCGCCAUCCCCACGACCGCCGCCGAUCACCGGCGUCGCAGCACCAGCGCCCACCAUGGUCGUCCCAGCCAUCUUCCGCAAGCGCCAUGACAUUGAAGAGAUCACGCCCAUCACGGGCCCCUUGGAGGGCGAGUCCUCCAGCGUCGACAAGUUGCAGCACUUGUCGGCGUUCGACAAGGCCCACAAGCUGGAUCCCAACAUGCCCAUCGACGAGUUGAACGACGUGGACGCGGCCAUUGCCACGGGCAAUGCCGAAAAGGGCAUCGAGAUUGAGCAUGCGCUCAUGGAGGACAACAGCCCAUAUCCCGAAGUCAGGGCUGUCGUGCGCAACUACGACGUCGAUGUCCCCGCGAACACGAUCCGUGCGUGGGUUAUUGGGCUGAUCCUAUGCACCAUUGGAUCCGGCGUCAACAUGCUCCUCUCGCUACGCAAUCCCAGUGUGGCCAUCACAACCUAUGUCAUUCAGCUGAUCGCUUACCCCAUUGGCCUUGCUUGGGAUCUGGUCAUGCCAGAUCGGGAGUGGGAUGUCUUUGGCUACAAGUUUAACUUGAAGCCUGGCAAGUUCAAUUUCAAGGAGCACGUGGUCAUCGUUGCCAUGUCAAAUGCAGCCUAUGGUGGCGGGUCUCUUUACGCUACCGACGUCCUGCUGGCUCAACGCCUGUUUUACGGCCAGGAUUUUGGAUGGGCUUUCCAGAUGCUGUUCGGCAUCACCACGCUCUGCACGGGGUAUGGCCUCGCCGGUCUUGCCCGUCGCUUCUUGGUCUGGCCUGCUGCCAUGAUUUGGCCUGCUGACCUAGUCAACUGCGCUCUCUUCUACACACUUCACGAUCACUCGCGAUCUGACCCGUCCAAGACCAACGGCUGGACGAUUGGGCGAUACAAGCUGUUCCUGAUCAUUGGAUCAGCUGGCUUUAUCUGGUACUGGGUACCUGGCUGGCUCUUCAAGGGACUGUCCUACUUCACCUGGGUUUGCUGGGCGGCCCCGAACAACAUUGUCGUCAACAAGCUGUUUGGCGCGCAUUCUGGGUAUGGCCUGAUGCCCAUGACCCUCGACUGGACCGUCAUCAGCGGUUUCCUGGGCUCUCCCCUCAUCCCGCCAUUCCAUGCCAUCAUGAACGUCAUGGCCGGCAUCAUUUCCGUCUUCAUCAUUUUGUCUAUGGGCCUUCACUUCAGCGGCACGUGGUACGCAGAUUACCUACCGAUCCAGUCCACCGAGUCGUACGACAAUCACGGAGACGUCUACAAUGUCACCCGCAUCCUGGAUGCCAAUGGGCACUUCAACGAAACAGCCUACAAAGAGUACUCGCCACUGUACCUUCCCACACAGUUCGCUCUGGCCUAUGGCGUUUCGUUUGCGGCUGUGUCCGCCGUGCUUAUCCAUGUCGGCUUGUACCAUGGCAAGGACUUGUGGAACCAGUUCCGCAUGGCCCGUCACCAGGAGGAUGAUGUCCACAUGCGCUUGAUGAAGAAGUACCGUGAUGCGGAAGAUUGGUGGUACGCUGCCCUCUUCAUCGUCAUGGUUGCCAUCUCUUUCGGCGUUGUGGCAGGAUGGCCAACCGGGUUCCCUGCCUGGGCCUAUGUCAUUUGCAUGCUCAUCCCCAUUGUGUGGCUCAUUCCGAUCGGCCUGAUCCAGGCCAUCACCAACCAGCAGCUCGGUCUGAACGUGCUCACUGAGUUCAUCAUCGGCUACAUGGUACCCGGACGGCCCCUUGCCAUGAUGAUGUUCAAGAACUACGGCUACAUCUGCAUGUCGCAGGCCUUGUACUUUGCGCAGGAUCUUAAGCUCGGCCACUAUAUGAAGGUGCCCCCACGCGUCAUGUUCUCGUCGCAGCUCAUUGCCUCCAUCUGGUCUGCCAUUGUCCAGAUUGCCGUCAUGAACUGGGCGCUGGCCAACAUCCCCGACGUGUGCGACGCAUACCACCCCAACAAUUGGACCUGCCCGGGUAGCCGCGUCUUCUUCACGGCCUCCAUCAUCUGGGGAGCCAUCGGCCCGGCACGCAUCUUCAGCGGCGGAGCCUUGUAUUCCGCCCUUCAGUGGUUCUGGCUCGUGGGCGCCGUUGCGCCGGUGAUCACCUGGCUCCUCGCCCGUCGCUGGCCCAAGUCGCUUUGGCGCUACGUCAACACGCCCGUCAUCUUCGGAGGUCCCGGCCUGCUCCCCCCUGCCAGUGUUUACAACUACCUCUGCUGGGGUCUGGUCGGUGUCGUGUUCAACUACCACAUCAGGCGCCGCUUUACUGGAUGGUGGUUGCAGUACAACUACAUUGUCUCCGCGGCGCUGGAUUGCGGACUUAUCAUCUCGACGUUGCUCAUCUUCUUUACGCUGUACAUGACCGAGGUGCCCCAACUGAACUGGUGGGGCAACGAGGGCACAAUACGCACACUGGACUUUUCGCACGAUGCUGUCAACACAACAGCCAAGAUGACGAAGGGUACCUCCAGCUUCGGUAAGCGUCACAACAAGACGCACACUCUGUGCCGUCGAUGCGGUCGCCGCUCUCUGCACAUCCAGAAGCACGAGUGCUCUUCGUGCGGCUUCCCCUCUGCCAAGAUCCGCAAGUUCAACUGGGGUGAGAAGGCCAAGCGCAGGAAGACCACCGGCACCGGCCGCAUGCGCCACCUUAAGGACGUCUCGCGGCGCUUCAAGAACGGCUUCCAGAACGGCGAGCCCAAGAACGCCCGCCACAACACCAUCAUGGCCAAGACCAACAAGGACAACUAA